AUGAGGAAAAGCAUAAAAAUUAUAACAUUAGCAUUAGUUUACCUGAGAGCUUUGGCCUCCAAGCGCGGCGGCGGUGGCGGCACCGCUGGCAACAACAACAACGCUAGUAGCGGAAGCAGUAGCCCCAUCAUCUUCGCGUUCUGGACGCCGUUCCUGCUGCUCCACCUGGGCGGGCCGGACACCAUCACCGCCUACUCGCUGGAGGAUAACGAGCUGUGGCUCCGCCACCUCAUUGGCCUCCUCUUCGAGCUCUUCUCCGCCUGCGUCAUCUUCUUCUGCUCCCUUCACGGCAACCCCAUGAUCCCCGCCACCGUGCUCAUGUUCAUCGUCGGCAUCAUCAAGUACGCGGAGCGCACCUACUCCCUCUACUCCGGCAGCGUCGACGGCUUCCGCAACAAGAUCCUCGACGACCCGGACCCGGGGCCAAACUACGCGAAGCUCAUGACGGAGUUCGACGCCAAGGAGAAGGCCGGCCUGGUCGUCGAGAUCGCCAUAGCCAAUGGUGAGGCCGAGGAGGCACACAAGGAGAUGGAGAAGCAAGAGACGAUGCGGCUGGUGCAGGACAAGAACAAAAGCGUGGAGGCUCGCGCGUACGAGUUCUUCCUCAUCUUCCGGCGGCUCUUCGUCAACGUGAUCCUGAGCUUCAAGGAGCGGCGGCUGAGCCAGGCCUUCUUCCUGGAGCGCGAUGACAUGAAGGGGCGAGGCGUUCAAGGUGAUCGAGGUGGAGCUCAACUUCAUCUACGACAUAGUGUACACCAAGGCGCCCGUCGCCUACAGCACGCACGGCUGGGUGCUCCGCGGCAUCUGCUCCUGCUGUCUCGUUUCCGCGCUCGUCAUCUUCUUCUUCCUCGACAAGCCUGGGCACCAGAUCCUGCCCGUCGACGUCGGCAUCACGUACGCGCUGCUGCUGGGUGGGCUGGCGCUCGACGUGGCGGCGCUGCUCAUGAUUUUCUUCUCCAACCGCGCCCAGGUGUACCUGGAGUCGUCCAGGUGGCUCAGGUGGCUGGCGUGGCUGAGGGAGGUCAUCAAGCGGUGGCGGGCGCGGCGCUGGUCGGGAAGACAUCGCAGCUGAACCUCAUCGAAUACUGCCUCGGCAAGCCGGGCAAUUACAGUAACAAAGGCCUCAAGCCAGCGGCCGAGAUGCUGAAAGCGAAAGGAAAGGGGGACAUCAUGGAGAUGUGCAACUGUCGUGGCAACCGUGUCAUCCAGCGCCAUGCCACGGAGAUCAAGAAGAACAUCGAGAAUAACGACGAGGUGAAGCACCUUGCCAUGGAUAAAAUCAAGAAGUCCCUCGAGGAGAAGGACGAGGCGAAGCGCCUUAGCAUGGACGACAUCGACAAGAUCAAGGCCGAGGUCGCUACGGAGAAGUUCAGGCUGAUCCUGGACAGCGUGGAGCAGAGUGACUUCGACGAAUCCCUGCUGCUGUGGCACAUCGCCACCGACCUGUGCGGCCUCCAGAACAAGAUAACGGCACCAACGGCGGACGAAGAUCGGCUGCGACCCAUCGGCGAGACCCUGUCGGAGUACAUGCUGUACCUGCUCAUCAAGCAGCCGGAGAUGCUGGCGGCGACGGCGGGCAUCGGCCUGCUCCGGGCUACCGGGACACGUGCGAGGAGGCGCGCCGUGGUGAAGGGCGACCGGAGCAAGUCGGUGCUGUUCGACGCGGUCAUUCUGGCCAAGGAGCUCAGGAAGCUGGACGACUGGCUCAUGAGGGAGGUUGUCACGGGGGUGUGGGGGGAGAUGCUGACGUACGCGGCGGGCAAGUGCCGGGGCAACAUGCACGUCCGGCAGCUCAGCCGCGGCGGCGAGCUCAUCACGCUCGUCUGGUUCCUCAUGGCGCACAUGGGGCUCGGCGACAUGUACCAGAUCCAGGAGGGAGACGCCAAGGCCAAGCUCAUCGUCAAAGACCAGUAG